AUGCGCUACCUGCUCUCCGUCUUCGCCGUUCUAUCCUGGGCCGUACUCCGUACGCGCGCGCACGCUCCCGCCUGGGCGAACCUCGCCAUUCAGGCCAACGGCCGCCUCCUCGAGCGCACUGUGUCAGGCGAACCCUUCCUAUGGCAGGCCGACACCGUCUGGGAGAUCUUCCAGCGCCUGAACAAGUCCGACGUCGACUUUUACCUCCAGAACCGCGCUGCGAAGGGCUACAACGUCAUCCAAGCCGUCGCCAUCGCCGAAAUCGAUGGCACGACGCGGCCAAACUUUUACGGGGACCUUCCCCUUCAAGACCAAGACCCACUCCUGCCGAACGACGCGUACUACAAGUACGUCGACUACGUCGUCGAGCGCGCGGCUCACUUUGGCAUCCUCGUCGCUCUCGUCCCGACUUGGGGACGCUACGUCAACGGCGGAUGGCACCAGGCGCCCAUCAUCUUCAACGAAUCGAACGCGUACGAAUACGGGCGCUUCAUCGGCGCGCGCUACCCAGGCUUGCCCAAGAUCAUCGGCGCGGACUCGAACGCGUUCUGGAGCAUUAACGUGCCUGUGGCGCAGCAGGAGUUCCGCGACGACCCGACGCAGGACCCCGACAGCCUCAUCGGACCGGUCAUAGACACGCGCGCGGUGUGGGCGUCGAUGCGCAAUGGUCUGGAGGAUGGCGAGCACGAGAAGGGGUUCGAGCUGUUCUCCACCUACCACCCGACGAACCCGCGCGUCCGCUGGACGCCCGAGGCCUACGGCUCUAACUACAUCAACGGUUCCUACGGCACGCUCUCCAUGAACGGCGUCCAGUCUGGGCACUCCUCACAGGACCCGAACACGCUCGACUUCGAGAUGACGGCGCUCCCCGGCUGGGACGCGACCAAGAACUACGAGAACAUCGCGGCGAUGCGCGCCAUCUUCGACGGGCCGGUCAUCGACCUCGAGAACCACUACGAGGGCGCGAACGACAACUUCAACACGAGCAGGCCGGCGUGGAACGCGUCGCAGGUCCGCCACGGGCUCUACUACGGCGUCUUCUCCGGCGCGUGCGGCUUCACGUACGGCGCGAACGCGGUCUGGCAGCUCUACGACCCGCUCGCGCUCCUCGCCCGCCCGGACCUGUACAUCGACCCCAUCCUCAACGUCCCCGCGGACUUCUCCUGGCGCGAGGCGAUGGACAUGCCCGCCGCGGGCCAGGCGCAGCACCUCACGCGCCUCCUCGCGCGCCUCCCCGCGGACGUCUUCCGCGCGCUCGAGCCGGACCGGUCGUUCGUCUCCGGCGCGAACGGCGCGCUCGACUGGGAGUCGGACCGGCGCACCGCCGCGCUCGCGAGCGGCGGCACGCACUUCUUCGUCUACGCCGGCCACGGCGACUCGUUCGCGCUCGACCUCGGCAACGUCGCGGGGCGUGCGGGCAAGCGGUUUGCGCGCGCGGCGUGGUACUCGCCGCGCGAUGGGUCGUUUAGCGAGGGGGGGAUCGUGGAGUUGGGCGGGGAGCGGACGUUCGAGCCUCCGAGCUCGGGCAGUGUGGACGACGACUGGGUGCUCGAGCUUGUGGCUCUGUGA